AUGUACAACUUCAUGCCCAUCCCAAUUUCAAAACAUCAAAAAAUUUCAAAGUAAGCUCACGUGAUCGGACUUUGCUUUCAAGACGUAGCCAAAAAGAAGAAACCAAAGAAGGGGAAAAGAGGCGACAUAUUUACUAUCAAAUGCCGAUAUGAGAUUUCCAACGAACACUCGUUCGAAGUUCAUAGUCAAGGUGAAAUGGGUCCAGAAAUAGAACGGAAGUCGCAUUUAGCGUAUCAAGUCGCUCGUUUCGAAGCAGUUGCUAUGGGCUUCCCGGUGCAAUAUAGACAAGUUGUUGUCGAAUUCUACUAUCAUGGCCGAUUGGAUGGAUCAUCGGGUACCCUGGCGACUGCGGUUGGGUUGUUGGCUCUCUUCACAGGAGUUGAGAUAUCACCCCGUUUUGCCAUCACGGGUUCUCUUGAUGUUUUCGGUUGGCCCCCAUAUUGUUGCCUUUUCUCCGUGA